AUGACGCGCAUUACCAACGUGCAGUUUGAGCACUAUCACCCCCCUAACACCAUCGGGGUGGAGGAGACUCGUCCGCGGAUAUCCUGGCAGUUCGAGGAUUAUCCACCUGAUUUCCAGCAGGAUGCAUACGAGAUCGAGGUCUCAGCAGUGGCUUGGAAUUCGCAGGCCACUGUUCUUUCUUCCAUCAAGCUGUCAUCGCCCUCAUCGUAUCUCGUCCCCUGGCCACAUUCUCAGCCUUUGACCUCCCGACAGAAGGUGUCCAUCCGAGUCAGAGCCUGGGAUCCGGACGGCCAUGGCACGGAAUGGAGCGAGCCCGCGUCUCUAGAAGUUGGUCUACUCAAUCGGAGUGAUUGGAAGUGCGAUCGCAUCGCGGCUCCAUGGGGCCCAGAUACCUGCGAGCCUGACACGGAGCAGUUGUAUCGCAGGGAGUUCAGGCUCGCAGACUCUAUUGCCAAAGCCCGUCUUUACAUCACCGCCCAGGGCGUAUACGAAGCGGAGAUCAACGGUCGCCGUGUGGGCGACCACUUCCUCGCUCCCGGGUGGACGACAUACGAUGGGAGACUGCAGUACCAAACCUACGACAUCACGGACUAUCUCUCGACCGGGGACAACUGUGUCGGUGUUCGUGUGGCAGAGGGAUGGUUUUCUGGUCGCAUCGGCUUUGAAGGUGGGCAUCGCAAUAUCUGGGGUUCCCAUACGGCGCUGCUAGUCCAGAUGGAAGUAACAUUCAAGGAUGGAGGGUUGCAGACAAUCACAUCAGACGGCUCUUGGAGCGUCACGCGAGGGCCUAUCCGGCUGGCGGAGAUCUAUGAUGGGGAAAAGUAUGAUGCUACUAAGGAAAUUCCCUCUUGGUCCUCAGCUGAGAUCUCUCAAGACGCUCCUGGCUGGUCUAGCGUUCUUGUCAUGUCACGUUUACCCGAAUCUGUCAAGCUCACUGCCGGGUUUGGAGAGCCUGUCCGGCAGAUCGAAGCACUGAAGCCAAUGUCUAAAAUGAUUAGUCCAUCUGGAAAGGUCAUUCUCGACUUUGGCCAGAACUUAGUGGGUUAUGUCAAGCUAUCCAACAUCAAGGGUCCCACCGGGCACAGAGUAAUUCUAUCUCACGCCGAGGUGCUCGAAAAUGGAGAGCUCUGUACUAGACCGCUUCGAAUUUGCAAGGCUGUCGACGUGUACACGCUCAGGGGCGGUCAACGCGAGGAGUAUGCCCCGAGAUUUACCUUUCAUGGAUUCCGCUACGCGCAGAUAGACAACUGGACUGGGGCGCAGCUGGAGACAUCCGCAGAAGCUAUCGUCUGUCAUACAGAUAUGCAGUUCGUGGGCGGGUUCUCCUGUUCACAUUCGCUACUUAACCAGCUGUACCAGAAUAUAGUCUGGGGCAUGCGCGGGAAUUUCUUCUCCGUGCCCACGGACUGUCCCCAGCGUGAUGAACGACUCGGUUGGUCGGGUGAUCUGGCAUUAUUUGCUCCUACGGCAGUGCUUAUCUACGACUGUUUCAGCUUCUUAAAGAACUGGCUGAUCGAUGUAGAGUAUGACCAGAGUAUUCUGGGUGGAGUGCCGGCGAUGGUCACGCCUAAUGCAACGCUUCCCGACCCAGUCUGGUGUCGACGCGUCCCUUGUGCCAUCUGGCACGAUGUUACAAUCCUCGCGCCUUGGGCGCUGUACGAGGAGACUGGGGAUGAGAGCAUUCUGGCUCAGCAGUAUAACAGUAUGUUGACUUGGAUGCGGAAGGUGCCCCUGAAUAGCACUGGGGCUACGCAUUUGUGGGACACAAGUGUUUUCAACCUUGGAGACUGGCUGGAUCCUGCUGCACCACCAGACGCCCCGUGGAAGGGCACCACGGACGCGAAAAUGGUCGCGAACGCCUUCCUCAUCCAUAGCCUGGACUUGAUGUGCAAAAUCUCUCGCAUUCUUGGGCAAGAUAAUGAUACAUCGCGCUUUAUACGCUGGUCCGAGUCUGCAAGGAAAGAAUUCCAAGACGAAUACGUCACUGCGAAUGGACGCAUCGUCUCCGACUCCCAGACUGCAUACGCCUUGGCCAUCUGCUUUGACCUGUUGAGUCCCAGUCAGACAAAAUACGCUGGCGGCCGACUAGCAUAUCUGGUCCGGAAGAACGAGUUUAAAAUCGGUACUGGCUUUGCUGGAACCCCUUACAUCUGUGAAGCACUGGCCUUGACUGGGAAUAUCCAGAUCGCGUAUGCGAUGCUCCUUGAGGAGAAAUGUCCGUCCUGGUUAUACCCGGUUACCAUGGGUGCGACUACAGUCUGGGAACGGUGGGAUAGUAUGCUUGCUGAUGGAUCGGUUAACCCUGGUGAAAUGACCUCGUUCAAUCACUAUGCCUUCGGCACGAUUGCGAAGUUCAUGUACGAACGGGUUGCUGGGUUGCAACGGGUUGAGCCUGGUUGGCAAAGGUCCUGCGUUGCUCCAGGAAUAGGAGCGGAAAUCUUGAAUGCUGCUGCUAUGCAUAUCACGCCGUUCGGGUUGCUGUCAUGUUCAUGGGAAACGGAAAAGAAUGGUAAUGGAUCCGAGAGGUUGAGAUUGGAGGUGUCGGUUCCGUAUAGUACGACUUGCGAUGUUAUUCUUCCUGAUGGAGAUGGGGAGAAGAGGGAGACUAUUGGUCAAGGGGACUGGGUCUUCGAGACGAGCUUCACUAGAGGCUAUGAGUGGCCUGUCGAGCCUUUGCCACUUAAGUCGUAA